AGUUUCCUGGCAGCUUGGACAGGCGUUGGUCUCCGCGCUACAGCUCCGCAGCGGGCACGAUCGAUCCCGCGACGGGUCUACGCGCGCUUCUGCGCGCCCCCGACGGAUUUUUCCCGUUCCCGGCUCUUCCCCCUUCACCUCACCGCCCCCCCGCCUCAGCCUUUCCCGCCGCUCGGGCGCUGAGCCCGGGGACCAGCCGGCGGCAGUGACCCCGCCCGAAGCCCCUUCUGGAACCGCCUGGGGACAAUUCCCUUUUCCUUUCUUCAGCCUAACCCGCGGUGGCCCUUGCGGAGUCUGGUCAGCCCCGGGGAGCGCAGCUGGGAGGGGCGUCCAAGAGGCGUCUCGGGUCUGGGAGCGGCCGGGCCCCCAGCGGGCUGUGGUCACCGGGUGGGGGCCGGAGCGGCGAGGCCCCCCUGACCCGGCUGCGCGGGCCGCCAGGGCCCCCGGGCUGAGACGGGGCCGGAGCGGCGCCCCGGCCGCCCGCGCGGGGUCUCCCCCAUGGUGCAGCGGGGUUCGGGAUGUCGAAGACGCUGAAGAAGAAGAAGCACUGGCUCAGCAAGGUGCAGGAGUGCGCCGUGUCCUGGGCCGGGCCCCCGGGCGACUUCGGCGCGGAGAUCCGCGGUGGCGCGGAGCGUGGCGAGUUCCCCUACCUGGGGCGGCUCCGCGAGGAGCCCGGCGGGGGCACCUGCUGCGUCGUCUCCGGCAAGGCGCCCAGCCCAGGCGAUGUGCUGCUGGAGGUAAACGGGACGCCUGUCAGCGGGCUCACCAACCGGGACACCCUGGCUGUCAUCCGCCACUUCCGCGAGCCCAUCCGUCUCAAGACUGUGAAACCAGGCAAAGUCAUUAAUAAAGAUUUGCGGCAUUACCUAAGUCUUCAGUUUCAAAAAGGAUCAGUUGACCACAAACUGCAGCAAGUGAUCAGAGAUAAUCUCUACUUGAGAACCAUUCCAUGCACUACAAGGGCCCCCAGGGAUGGGGAAGUACCAGGAGUGGAUUAUAAUUUCAUUUCCGUUGAACAGUUCAAAGCACUGGAAGAGAGUGGAGCAUUGUUAGAAAGUGGAACGUAUGAUGGAAACUUCUAUGGAACUCCCAAGCCUCCAGCAGAACCCAGCCCUUUUCAGCCAGAUCCAGUUGAUCAAGUCCUCUUUGAUAAUGAGUUUGAUGCAGAAUCUCAAAGAAAACGAACUACAUCUGUCAGCAAGAUGGAAAGAAUGGAUAGCUCUCUUCCUGAAGAGGAAGAAGAUGAGGACAAGGAAGCUAUUAAUGGCAGUGGAAAUGCAGAAAACAGAGAGAGGCAUUCUGAGUCAUCUGACUGGAUGAAGACUGUUCCAAGUUACAACCAAACAAAUAGCUCCAUGGACUUUAGAAAUUAUAUGAUGAGAGAUGAGACUCUGGAACCACUGCCCAAAAACUGGGAAAUGGCCUACACUGACACAGGGAUGAUCUACUUCAUUGACCACAAUACCAAGACAACCACCUGGUUGGAUCCUCGUCUUUGUAAGAAAGCCAAAGCCCCUGAAGACUGUGAAGAUGGAGAGCUUCCUUAUGGCUGGGAGAAAAUAGAGGACCCUCAGUAUGGGACAUACUAUGUUGAUCACCUUAACCAGAAAACCCAGUUUGAAAAUCCAGUGGAGGAAGCGAAAAGGAAAAAGCAGUUAGGACAGGCUGAAAUUGGGUCUUCAAAACCAGAUACGGAAAAAUCACACUUCACAAGAGAUCCAUCCCAACUUAAAGGCGUCCUUGUUCGAGCAUCACUGAAAAAAAGCACAAUGGGAUUUGGUUUUACCAUUAUUGGCGGAGAUAGACCUGAUGAGUUCCUACAAGUGAAAAAUGUGCUGAAAGAUGGUCCCGCAGCUCAGGAUGGGAAAAUUGCACCAGGUGAUGUUAUUGUAGACAUCAAUGGCAACUGCGUCCUCGGUCACACUCAUGCAGAUGUUGUCCAGAUGUUUCAAUUGGUACCUGUCAAUCAGUAUGUAAACCUCACUUUAUGUCGUGGUUAUCCACUUCCUGAUGACAGUGAAGAUCCUGUUGUGGAUAUUGUUGCUGCUACCCCUGUCAUCAAUGGACAGUCAUUAACCAAGGGAGAGACUUGCAUGAAUCCUCAGGAUUUUAAGCCAGGAGCAAUGGUUCUGGAGCAGAAUGGAAAAUCGGGACACCCUUUGACUGGUGAUGGUCUCAAUGGACCAUCAGAAACAAGUGAGCAGAGAGUAUCCAUGGCAUCGUCAGGCAGCUCCCAGCCUGAACUAGUGACUAUCCCUUUGAUUAAGGGCCCUAAAGGGUUUGGGUUUGCAAUUGCCGACAGCCCUACUGGACAGAAGGUGAAAAUGAUACUGGAUAGUCAAUGGUGUCAAGGCCUUCAGAAAGGAGAUAUAAUUAAGGAAAUUUACCAUCAAAAUGUGCAGAAUUUAACACAUCUCCAAGUGGUAGAGGUGCUAAAGCAGUUUCCAGUAGGUGCCGAUGUACCAUUGCUUAUCUUGAGAGGAGGUCCUCCUUCACCGACCAAAACUGCCAAAAUGAAAACAGAUAAAAAGGAAAAUUCAGGAAGUUUGGAGGCCAUAAAUGAGCCUAUUCCUCAGCCUAUGCCUUUUCCACCCAGCAUUAUCAGGUCAGGAUCCCCAAAAUUGGAUCCUUCUGAGGUCUACCUGAAAUCUAAGACUUUAUAUGAAGAUAAACCACCAAACACCAAAGAUUUGGAUGUUUUUCUUCGAAAACAAGAGUCAGGGUUUGGCUUCAGGGUGCUAGGAGGAGAUGGACCUGACCAGUCUAUAUAUAUCGGGGCUAUUAUUCCCCUGGGAGCAGCUGAGAAAGAUGGUCGGCUCCGUGCAGCUGAUGAACUAAUGUGCAUUGAUGGAAUUCCUGUUAAAGGGAAAUCACACAAACAAGUCUUGGACCUCAUGACGACUGCUGCUCGAAAUGGCCAUGUGUUACUAACUGUCAGACGAAAGAUCUUCUAUGGAGAAAAACAACCUGAGGACGACAGCUCUCAGGUCUUCAUUUCAACACAGAAUGGAUCUCCCCGCCUGAACCGGGCAGAGGUCGCAGCCAGGCCUGUACCCCAGGAGCCCUAUGAUGUUGUCUUGCAACGAAAGGAAAAUGAAGGAUUUGGCUUUGUCAUCCUCACUUCCAAAAACAAACCACCUCCAGGAGUUAUUCCUCAUAAAAUUGGCCGAGUCAUAGAAGGAAGUCCAGCUGACCGCUGUGGAAAACUGAAAGUUGGAGAUCAUAUCUCUGCAGUGAAUGGGCAGUCCAUUGUUGAACUGUCUCAUGAUAACAUUGUUCAGCUGAUCAAAGAUGCUGGUGUCACCGUCACACUAACGGUCAUUGCUGAAGAAGAGCAUCAUGGUCCACCAUCAGGAACAAACUCAGCCAGGCAAAGCCCAGCCCUGCAGCACAGGCCCAUGGGACAGUCACAGGCCAACCACAUACCUGGGGACAGAAGUGCCCUAGAAGGUGAAAUUGGAAAAGAUGUCUCCACUUCUUACAGACAUUCUUGGUCAGACCACAAGCACCUUGCACAGCCUGACACCGCAGUAAUUUCAGUUGUAGGCAGUCGGCACAAUCAGAGCCUUGGUUGUUACCCAGUAGAGCUGGAGAGAGGCCCCCGGGGCUUUGGAUUCAGCCUCCGAGGGGGGAAGGAGUACAACAUGGGGCUGUUCAUCCUUCGUCUUGCUGAAGAUGGUCCUGCCAUCAAAGAUGGCAGAAUUCAUGUUGGUGACCAGAUUGUUGAAAUCAAUGGGGAACCUACACAAGGAAUCACACAUACUCGAGCAAUUGAGCUCAUUCAGGCUGGUGGAAAUAAAGUUCUUCUUCUUUUGAGGCCAGGAACUGGCUUGAUACCUGACCAUGGUUUGGCUCCUUCCGGUCUGUGCUCCUACGUGAAACCCGAGCAACAUUAAGGCUUUCAGGGCUUUUCUUGGUCUUUCCUUAAAAAGACUUGGUAAAUUUGCAUGUCUUGUAAAUCACUUUCUUCUUUUGUUUUCUUUUAAAUGAAAAAUGAUGCUAUUAAAUACAUCUAUUUCUAUCUUCUGCACUUUUCAGUCUCCUUUUGACAUUAAAUUUGACAGCUUAAUGCAAGAGAAUUAUUUACAAAUGCCCAUGAGCCUCAUUCUGGUUACCACAGUUUGGUUUCCUUUAUUAGUGAUUUUGCCAUAUCCUAAACUAUAUCAAUUCAUAAUAAUUAGUGAGCUUCUUGGGCCAGGUAAUUUGGUUCAACUUUAUAACUUGUAAGUUCUAAUUGGGCUUUACUAAUAGAGAAUUUACAGAACAUAUAUUAUCUCACUAAUUAUAUGUAAUUGGAAAAAAAAUGAAUAUUAUUUUAUGUAUAUAAACAACCUAUCCUUCAUGUAUGAACAGAUGUUUAUACACAUCUGCCUAUAUUUGUAGAGAGAUAUGUUGUAAACAUAACACAAACUGUAUAAAAUACAGGCUUUUAAAGCAGUUAGUACAAUUCAAAUGGCUGUCAAAGUUCAAAAUGUACUGUUCCUAUUUGUAAUUCUAAAACUUAAUAAUGUUCCAUUCAAUCACUUUUUUAGGUGAUUGGGAUAUUAAUAAUCCUUCAUCGUCAAAUGUGAUUUAUGAUGAACAGUCACCAUUACCCCCAUCUUCACAUUCUGCUUCCAUAUUUGAAGAGUCUCACGUGCCAGUAAUUGAAGAAUCUUUAAUGAAAGUUCAGAUAUGUGAAAAGGCAGAAGAAUUAAAGGACAUUGUGCCUGAAAAGAAAAGCACUUUAAAUGAAAAUCAACCUGAGAUAAAGCAUCAGUCUCCUCUCCAGAAAAAUGUGAGUAAGAGGGAUCCACCCAGCAGUCAUGGGCACAGUAACAAGAAAAAUCUAUUAAAAGUAGAAAAUGGUGUUACACGAAGAGGUAGAUCGGUUAGUCCCAAAAAGCCAGCCAGUCAACAUUCAGAGGAACAUUUGGAUAAGAUUCCUAGUCCUCUAAAAAAUGAUCCCAAAAGAAGACCCAGAGAUCGAUCCCUCAGCCCCAGCAAAGGGGAAAAUAAAAGUUGCCAGGUCAGCACCAAGGCAGGUUCUGGACAAGAUCAGUGCAGAAAAAGCAGAGGUCGGUCUGCCAGUCCAAAAAAGCAGCAAAAAAUUGAAGGAAGCAAAGCUCCAUCAAAUGCUGAGGCCAAAUUGUUAGAGGGUAAGAGUCGAAGAAUAGCAGGCCAUAUAGGCAAUAAUGCUGAGCAGAUCCCAGAUGGGAAGGAAAAAUCAGACGUCAUCAGGAAAGAGGCAAAGCAGAAUCAGGUGGAAAAAGGCAGAACAAGGUCUCCAGAGAAGAAAAGCAAAAGAAUGGAUGAGAAAUCUCUUGCAUCCAAAAAGACUAAUAAGACUACAAGUAAAGAAGUAUCUGAAAAUGAAAAAGGAAAGAAAGUAACCACAGGAGAAACAAGUUCUAGUAAUGAUAAAAUAGGAGAAAAUAUCCAGCUAUCAGAAAAGAGGCUGAAGCAAGAACCUGAAGAGAAGGUAGUUUCAAACAAAACAGAAGAUCACAAAGGGAAGGCACUAGAGGCCGCUGACAAAAACAGAGAGACUGGAAGGUUCAAACCUGAAAGUAGUUCUCCAGUUAAGAAAACACCGAUAACUCCAGGGCCCUGGAAGGUGCCAAGUGGAAAUAAAGUCACAGGCACUAUUGGUAUGGCUGAGAAACGGCAGUAACCUUUAGUAUAAAACAAAAACAAGUUGUAAUCUUUUCUUACAGCAGCAUUUUUCCAGAAAAAGCCUUUUUUUUUCAAAUAUUCUGAAACAGAUAAGUACAUGUUAAUGUGAGCAUCAAGUUACCUAGGCUGCAUGAAGGGCCUUUAGGAUUGCUAAGAACCAACUGUCCCCCUGGCCGGCUGCCCUCCCUCGCACUCAGGAAGGAGCUGCAUCCACAUGCUCAUCUGACCCGCCCUGCUCAGGCUGCCCAGCUCAUCAUCUUCAUGAGUGUCUGAACAAAUGACAUAUGUUGAUAUUAACAAUGUGGUCACAACUCACUUUGUAUUUGUGCCAAGUUAUCUGCUGUAUCAUGUCUGUUUUUAUCCUUCUCGUUCAGCUGUUUCCACAGUAAUGAAAAAGUUAGGUUUGGCUUGGAAGUUGAUGUUCUCAAUAGCAUGUUGCAUGUUUACAGAGAGAAAUAUGUGAGUCCUUGCAGAAGACGAGACUGUUAACUCAUCGUUAAAGAUGGCAGUUGUCUUCUAACAGCUACUGACGAUGUCCCACUUUAAAAAUAAAACCCCCAAACAUCACUACUUUAAGGAAAAAAAUGUAGUCCAGUAAUGAUGCUUUCUUACGGCUUUUUAUUUCAAUUUGGCUGGAUAAGUUGUUUCAAAUAACUGUUAAAAGAUAUUACUUACAAUUGAAUGUUCAAAAUGAGAAAGUACUUUAAGCAAUAGAGUUCAUCUCUUGCUGUGUUAUCCAACCUCGAUGUAUACUUAGAGCAUCUCAGGUCACGCUUUUUAUUUCACUUAUUUAAUUAUGAAACCAUAAAGAAGCAUGUGGAAAUAGUGUUUAUUGCUCUUUGAAGACAAACCGCCAACUAUUUCUGGAUAUUUUGGCUGUACCUACUACUAAAGUCAUUAGUCUUUAAUACAUAAUACAUAUUUAAAAAGUAAAAUUAUUAUAUAGAUUAUGUGAGGGACUUAAUCACGAAACCAGUUUCACAGUCCAGGUACCAACUCUUCUGGUAGCAGGUGCACAAGCUUGGAUGUUUAGAAACAACCUGUGUAGGGUAUGCUGCCCAGCAAGUGAGGACAAAUGUGUAGACAGUACUUACUGGAUCUUAUUUAACUUUUAGCUACAUUAACUUUCUUAUUUAAAAACAAGAAAGGGAGAUUAAACAUCUGCUUAGCUUGUACACAUUUUCAGAAUUCUUUUUAAAAGUCUAGUUAAAGAUGUUUCUUAGAAGUUGGAGACUGUUAACUUCCAUAAAAUAGAUCCAGGUUUUUCAGUUCCCUGAAGCAGCAUUCAGUAGCAUCUAUAUAAAUAAAGGCACCUUCUGAGAAUAGAACUAUUCCAUGGAGUGUGUGAACACACUUGUUAUGUCACCUGGGUUCAUCUUGUUGUGAAGCACAUUAUGUCCAGGUCCUUCCCUCUGGGAGUCUGACUGUGAAACUCUUUAACCCAACAACUGUAUUAGCCCCUGUAGAUAAGACAUGCUUCCCAGAGUGAGAUUUUUGAAAUCCCCUUUUCAUCCAGAACUAUAUUUACCCACCUAUUGUAACUAUUCAAAUAGAGCAAAAUUAGGAGGCUUGAUAAAUGCUAAGAACUUAGUACCACAGAAAUUAUUUAUUUUCCCUGUAGUCCACAAUUAGUGAUAACAAAUCCUAUUUUUGUUAACUGUGACAUAACUUUGAUGUCAUAUGUUGUCCUAUGUGGUUCUUCCUUUCUAAGUAACCUCUGUCCUGAUUAUAUACUGACUUAGCAAUGUGGCCUUGGAAUGCUGAGCAAAAUGUGGAUGUACUGGUUGUAAAUGUUUAUAUAUUGUACAGUACCUUUAUAUAUACACUUGAGGUUCUGAUUAGAGAAAGAUCUGUAAAUUGCUCGUUAUUUUUUAUAUAGAUAUU